CAGGAUGUUACAUGUAUGAGCUUUGGCUUUUUUGCAGCGUUUCUCGGUAUACUUCACUGUUUCUUGGGACUUUAGUGAACCCGCAGUUACAGUGGAUCAUGCCUCAGUGGUUGUGGAGACCCUGACUGGACAAUGCGAUGUCUGCGGCGGGCAGUAGAAUCCAGAGCGGGUCAAUGGACGCCAGGACCUGAAGAGCUGCUGUUUUGACAGCUGGGUUGAUCCUCCAGUACCUGCCCUGUCUGACAGAGCUGCUCAGGACAGACACCAACCGAGGCUGAAAGCACACAGGAGGAUUUAUUGUAUGUAGAGAAGCUUUUCUGCGUCUGUGAAGCAGCUUUUAUAGCGUCACUGAAGGAAAGGAGGAAAGCCUCCAACCGGCCAGUGCUCAUGGCUUCAUCCCGGCUGAAGUAUCUCUCUCUGGGCGUGCUGGUGUUCCAGACCACCUCCCUGGUGCUCACCAUGCGGUACUCCCGCACUCUGCAGGCCGAGGGCCCGCGGUACCUGGCCUCCUCUGCUGUGGUCGUGGCCGAGGUCAUGAAGAUCAUCACCUGUGUGCUGCUUGUCUUCAAAGAGCACAGUUAUAGCAUGCGAGCUCUGAACAGUGUCCUUCGUCAGGAAAUUGCUCACAAACCCAUAGAAACACUGAAGCUGGCGAUCCCUUCAGGGAUCUACACACUGCAGAACAACCUGUUGUACCUCGCCCUGUCCAACCUGGACGCAGCCACCUACCAGGUGACGUACCAGUUGAAGAUCCUGACCACGGCUCUGUUCUCAGUGUCCAUGCUGGGCCGCAGGCUGGGCGUCUACCAGUGGCUCUCGUUGCUGAUUCUCAUGGCUGGAGUUGCUCUUGUGCAGUGGCCCUCUGAGACCCCCGAGACUCAGGAGAAGGAGGCUCUGUCCACAGGCUCCCAGUUUGUCGGCGUGACGGCGGUUCUGGUGGCGUGCUGCUCCAGUGGGUUCGCUGGCGUCUACUUUGAGAAGAUCCUGAAGGAGAGCAAACAGAGUGUCUGGGUCCGCAACAUCCAGCUAGGGAUGUUUGGCCUAGUGUUUGGUCUGUUUGGGAUGCUGGCCUUUGAUGGGGAAAGGGUGACGGAGUCAGGGAUGUUCCAGGGAUACAACACUGUCACCUGGACAGUGGUAGCGCUACAGGCGCUGGGUGGUCUGGUCAUAGCAGCGGUCAUCAAGUAUGCAGACAACAUCCUCAAGGGCUUUGCUACAUCGCUCUCCAUCAUCCUGUCAACUCUAAUAUCGUACUUCUGGCUGCAGGACUUCGACCCCACCGGCGUGUUCUUCUUGGGGGCCAUUUUGGUCAUCGUGGCCACUUUCCUGUAUGGCUACGAAGGCAAGCCAUCCCCCAACCCCAGCAGGGCGUAGGACACUCACGGCUGACACUACAGCAGCAGUAGGCGGUCCUGUUGAAGCGUCAAGACAUUGAGGGGAAAGGAGGACAGAGGACUGGAGAAAAAGAGGGGGAAAGGUCUUUAUCAUAUAUUGUGUUCGCAGAGGAGAAGAGGAGGAAAGACAGUCAGUGUCAGGAUAGGAAACGGGAAAGAGGAAGUUUAAACAAAAAAGCAAGCACAAUGCUGUGAUGGUCUCACCAAAAGUGCCUCAGGAGGAAAGAAGGGGUAACCAAUGAAAAAAGAAAACUGUGGCAAAUUGCAUGUUUUCUUUUUUCCUUUAACUACCAUUGUAGAGAUAAUCCUGGCUGCCACACCUCCAGAGCUGGAGCGAUAUUCUCAACAGGGCCGACUGGUUGUGUUCAUUAAGCUGUUGGACUGCCUGUCACCUUUACUGCCACAUCAAUCACUAAUAAACAGUAAAGGAUUAAAGAGGCAGACAGAAAGGAAUUUCAAUGUCACAUCUUUAGAUGUAGUGUAACUCCAGCCCAAACUGUUGGCUUGUUCACCUCAGAGUUGCAGUAUUUAAGGCUUUGACAGCCUUAGGUCGUCCCACUGUUACCAAUAAAAGCAGAUGUAGGAUUGUUUUUGCCCUGAAAUGGACCUCCUAGACACUGCUACAAGCUCUAGCAGUUGAAUACUUUAGGUUGCAGAUGGUCACGGUUAGCAUUGGAGCAACCAUUGGGUGUCUAAUCCUAGCAAAGGAGGCAGUAUAAGAACAGCCUGGGAGGCAAAACUCAGGGCAAAAACAUUUCUAUUGAUACAAGUCUUUGAACAGUAGUAGUUGCAGUGACCAUAACUAGUAUUAUUUUCUAUGUUAUGGCUCUCAUGUUGCAUUUUGCUCAGCUAUUUUUGGAAACAUUUUUUGUUGCCAGGCAACAUAUAGUCAGCGGGGAGUCUUUGAUAGAAUAUACAGUGUGUCUCAGUGUCAGAAACGGUUUCACUCUAUAAUUGUGUGCCUGGUGGAGUCAGGGAUCUGGAUGUAAGAAUAAAAUAUUACCUGACACCUCAGAAACACUGUUUGAGGUCCCAACAGCAGUGAUUAUUUGAUGAUAAUUGAUUUUUAAAUUCAAAAGGACAGUUUGAUUAUGUCUGAAGAUGAUUUUGUACAACUUGAAAAUUAUGUUAACCAUGGGUGUAAAUAAUAGCACCAUUUAAAUUGUGAUCUAUAAAUCCAAAUGAGGUUUUUCUGUUUAAUUUAUUCAUUCAUUAAUUAGCUGUUUCAUUAUAUAACGAAGCCACUGAUGAUCAACACUCGGCUCUUUAUGUCCUGUGCUUGUGUAACUUAUAUACUGUUGAUUUUGUGGCAAACCCAUUAAAAAUGUUACUGAAUGUGGCCCUGCUGAGGCUGACCUCACUGACACUCUUAGAGAAAUUAUCUCGGACUGCAUACAACUGGUGUUAUUUUUCUGAAACUACUUUUUUUUUUUCGUUGGGAUAAAGCGGGUAUAAUUAAUAACUUUAUUAUUUUAAUUACCAAUAUGUUGAUCUUUUAUAAAAGAAAAAU